AUGGAAAUAGAAGAAAAGUAUAACUUAUUGAUAAUUGGUGGAGGACCUGCAUCAGUCAAGUUUUUAUACAAUUUAUUCAGGACAUCAAGGUAGUUUAUUAUUUAAAUGAAGACUGCCUGAAUAUUUGAAUGGAUUGGGAAUAGGGAUAGUGGAGAAAGGGAAAUGUUUUGGUUCUGGAAAUUUAGAGAAUAAAAUGAAUUAUACAACAUAUCCAGCAACAGAAUUGUUGAAAUUGAUGUACUUUCAUAAAACCAAUUAAAUGAUAUCAAUUUGUAAAGAUCUAACAGAUACACAGGCAUAUAAGACACUUGUUUAAUAUGGAGAGAAAAGUCCUCCAAAAUCAUUAGCAGGAUUCUUUCUAAGGUUGUUAGGAAGUGUGUUAUUGAAACAUAUAUACACAUUAAAAAAAUUACAAAUAUUUCAUCCCCAAAGAGAAGCAAUAGCAAUUCGGCUGUUGGCUGAUGGAUGGUUUUAAAUUAGAACGCAGAGCUUAUCGUAUGAUUAUUGAAAUAAUUUGUAGAGCUGAUACUCAAAUCAAAGAUAAGUACCGAUCAAUUAAAGCAAGAGUACAUUAAAUAAAUGAUUUUUUAAGCAUGUGUUACUUUGUACAGGUAGAGAGCAAACCCCAGCAGACAUAUUUUGUUAGGAAUAAGGAUUGAUCGAAACUCUUAAACAAAAUCCUCGAUACAUAGUUGGAAGUGGAUAAAAGGCAUUUGAAUGUGCAGAAUUGUUACUUAAUGGUCCUGUUAUGUAUAUUAAUAAUGAACAAAUAAAUGCUUAUACUUAAAAAGUAUAUACUUGUCCACUUUGUAAAUCAUUGAAAUGUUCAUGUUUUGGAUCACUUAUACCAUAAAAAUACAUUUGGCAUCACACAGUAAGAAAUAAUAAUAAAAGGAUGUUGCAUUGCCUGAAUAUAAGAAGGGAGAGUUAAAAAUUCAUUUUCGUAAAUUACCAAGACCAUACUUUAGUAAUUAUUAGAAUGAUUAUAUAACAAUACCAGAGUCAUAGGUAAAUAAAAAAGGAGAGGCAAAUUAUUUAACAGGAUUGAGGGGUAAAUCAAAAUUAUUAUACCUUAAAAUGCUUGCAACUCAGGAAGUUAGAGUUUCAUUAUCAUAAGAAGAUCCGAAUUCAAAUCAAUUUAUAGAUGGAAAGGAAUGUAAAUGUACUUAAAUAGAAAUUAAGGAUACUGAUGGAAAUUAGAUAGAAUUUUAAUAUAGUUUUGGAUUAUAUUAAUUAGAUGACAAAGGUAGGUUAAAAACAUAAAAAGGUAGCCUUAGGAAUAUGUAUUGUUAUGGUUCUAAUUGUAUAACAUAAGAAUAGUUAGAAAGGGGAUGCUAAGAUGAAUAUGGAGAUUGCAGUAUAGAAUUUGAUGAAUAUGAUUUAUUCUUCAUUAACAUAAAGAAUGAAAUCAACAUUUAAUGGUUCGAUAAUAAUGAAUUUCCAUUAACUGCUUAAUCUCAUGUAUCUAAAGGUGGAGAUUUUGAUUCUGAUCCAAGUGUUCAUUCUGAAGUAGUUGAGACAGAAACAUUUGCUUUAAAUUAAUUAUAGUAAUAAUUUAAAUAAAAGAAAAAAAAAAAAUGA